AUGGAGAGCCUAUUGGACACUUCCGAAGCCUCGACGAACCCGUUGAUGCUUGCGCACGCUGCUCAGCAGGACCGGCUUGUGGUGGCGCCGAGCACCGAAUCGGAGCUCAUCGGCGUGCCCGACCUCAGCGAUGUCGGCUAUCAGUGUAUUCGAUAUAUGGUGAAUUGUGUGAACGGAUAUGUGUAUUUGGGACGAAAACGCAAAGGAUUGCGCGAUUUUGUGGCGAUCAAACGAUUCAUCGCCGACGACGCCAACGAAUACGAGCUGAUAUCGACAGAGGCGUCCAACAUGCGAAUGCUGUCGCACAAGAACAUUCUCGAGCUCGACAAUUGUUUCGUCUACGACAACUCGAUCUAUUUGGUGACGCCGGCGAUGCAUUUGGGCUCGAUGCACGACAUUCUCGGCAAUUACAAGACGUACGGGGUGAACGAGCGGGCGGCGGCCGGCAUAAUGCAUCAGCUGUUGAACGCCGUCGAGUACAUCCACAGAAAACGAUAUAUCCAUAGGGAUAUCCGACCGCAGCAUAUACUCGUUGAUUGCGAUGGCAAUGUGAAAUUGAGCGGAUUUCGAUUCAUGAUCGAGCUCGACAUGCGAUCGGAUCGCGUUUUCGAUUUUGACACCCACUUGAGGAAUCAAUUGUACUAUUUUGCACCGGAGGUUCUUGCGCAGAACAUGCACGGCUACGGCACAAAAUCGGACAUUUUCAUGAUCGGCAUCGUUUUGUGCGAACUUCUCAACGGCAUCGUGCCGUUCGACGAGUCGUAUCCGCUCGAGAUGCUCUACCGUAAACUCAAUCGACAGGUGCCGAGACCCGUCGACGCCAACUCAUUGAAGGACGAUGCCAAAAGAGGAUUGGAUAUUUAUUCAUUCAUUUUUUGUUUGAUUGCAGCAAAUCGACCCGAAGAGCAUCUGACGCGAGUUUUCAGUCGAGAACUGCACUCGUUCGUCUCGAUGUGUCUGGCGUUCGAGCCGGAAACACGGUUGUCGGCGUCGGAACUCGGCGAUUUGCAAUGGACGCGGAAUGGUGUGCACACGGAGCUGCUCAAAGAGUUGGAUUUGAAUCCGAUCGACUUCGACUUUGAUCUAUGGGAUCAGGAGCCGGUUUUGCCGAAGGCCGACGAGCAGAAAUUUGAGAAUGUGUUCGAUUUCACGACAUGA